AUAAUAAUAGGUGAAUCACACAAGAUUAUCAUUGUUGACGUAGUGUCACGUGCGUAGUUAAGUCUACGUGGCAACCUGGUCGUUUGGUGCAGUUCUUUUAAAUCUCGUCGCCAUCUUGCCAAGUCAGUCCACUUGCGAAGAUUCGGUUUACUGUUAAAUUGUGCUUGUUCAACAAUGGGAAACAUAUUUGCAAAUCUCUUCAAAGGGUUGUUUGGUAAAAAGGAAAUGAGAAUCCUUAUGGUUGGAUUAGAUGCGGCUGGAAAAACCACUAUUUUGUAUAAAUUGAAGUUAGGAGAGAUUGUCACAACUAUCCCCACUAUUGGAUUCAAUGUUGAAACCGUGGAAUACAAAAACAUCAGCUUCACAGUUUGGGAUGUUGGAGGUCAAGAUAAAAUCAGGCCACUCUGGCGUCAUUAUUUCCAGAAUACUCAAGGUCUUAUUUUUGUCGUCGACAGUAAUGACAGGGAACGUAUAGGAGAAGCCCGAGAAGAAUUGAUGAGAAUGCUCGCCGAAGACGAACUAAGGGAUGCGGUCCUCCUUAUUUUUGCUAACAAACAGGACUUGCCAAAUGCAAUGAAUGCAGCCGAAAUCACAGACAAGCUAGGCCUUCAUUCCCUCCGUAACCGUAACUGGUACAUUCAGGCUACAUGUGCAACUAGUGGUGACGGUCUCUACGAAGGUCUAGAUUGGUUGUCCAACCAAUUGAAAAAUCAGAAAUAAAUAUUAAACGUAAAUGGGGGCCAAUAGUUAAUGAUGUAUCAGCCUUUGUGGACUUUGGCCAAGAGUCAGUUGCCACCUCCUCCCGACGAACAUUUACACUAUCAAUCAGUAGAUUUUUUUUCGUUUAAUUUCCAAAGAUCAAAUUUUUUUAUAAUUAAGAAAUGUAUAUUAAUCUGUCCUAGAUAAAAAUCGUAGUUUGUCUUUUCGUCUCCUUUGCCGUAAGUCGGAAUUUCGAGACGACCAACGAGAUUUUUAAUUUAUCGUUGCGCACGGUUCGUCCGACGGACGACUUAGGGCAAAGGCGCGAGUGCAUGUAAUGUACGCACGUUUUUUGGAAUUUUCCUCUAGGAAAGAUGUACAUCAUUUUUCGUUUCUUGUCAUAUAUUCGGAGGAGGAAUAUUUUCCGGCGAUGCAACCCGUUGUACAUAAUGGCAAUGUGAAUCGCAUCUCUUCAUGUUAAGGGCCCAAAGUCAAUGAAUGUUCAUUUUCUUUUUUUUUUUUUUUAUGUUGGUAAUUUCAUUUAAAUUUUUUCAUCUCUGAGUUAGUGUUGUAUGAAAGAUAUUAACAGUGGACAAAGAAAAUGUGCAGAUGUCGUGAGCUUUGAGUGAUGGCCAUUAAUAAACAAAAAAACAGUGAGCUGGCACUCAUUAUUUUGAAUGUGGUUAUUGGUAGUUUUCAAAUCUCAAAUGAUCCGUUCUUUGUAAUUUACAUCAAAUAAUAUCACAUUUUACUUUUAUUUCUAGGAAAAAAAUAAAUGUGUUAUACUGUA